AUUUCCUAUUGGACCUUUUACAUGAUAGGAAUUUUAGGAUUGAGUUCAUAUAUAUCAAAACACAGGAAUAGGUAAAUAUGACAAACACAAGUAACUAUAGGUGUGUAGAAAAACCGAGAAACUCUAGUAGAAUAUAUUGCUGGCUUAUAUAUCAAUUUAUUUUCCACAUGGUAGCAAUUGGUGUAUUGUUAUUAAUUUCUCAUAAGCCACGUACAUUAACACAUGUCACCCUGCAUGUUUUUGCCAUAUACCCUUUUCUUCCAAUUUUUCAUAUAUAAAUAACUAAGCAAAUAACACACUCAAAUUCUUCCAUGUAACACAAACAACAGAGUAAGAAAAAUUUGAACACCAUGGCAAUUAAAACCAAGCUUUCUAUAUUUAUCUUCCUCUUCUUCCUCAUAAACAUAGCCAUAUGCAGAGAAGAAACAGACCCAGAACUCAAAACAUGUAAACACCAAUGUCACCAACAACGUCAAUAUGAUGAACAUGAUAAACGGAUAUGUAUGAAGGAGUGUGAUGAAUAUCAUGAAAUGAAGCAAGAACGAGAGAAACAUAAGGAAGAUAAAGAUGAUGAAAAAGAAGUUGAAAAUCCUUAUGUUUUUGAAUAUAAGGAUUUUGAUACUAUAUUGGAUACUGAGGAUGGUAGAAUUUCGGUUCUAAAUAUGUUUGAUCAAAAAUCAAAGCUACUAAGAAAUGUUGAGAAUUAUGGUUUGGCUGUUUUAGAAGCUAAAGCACAUGCUUUUGUUUCUCCACAUCACUUUGAUUCUGAGGUUAUUUUCUUCAACAUGAAAGGGAGAGGCAUAAUUGGGUUGGUGGAGCAAGAUAAUACAGAGAGAUUCAACCUUGAAGCUGGUGACAUUAUAAGGGUACCUGCAGGGACACCUAUAUACUUGGUUAAUAGAGAUGAGAAUGAGAAGCUUUUUAUUGCAGCUUUGCACAUGCCAUCUUCCCCUGGUUCUGCUCCAUUAAAUUUUGAGGCAUUUUUUGGGCCUGCAGGGAGAAAUCCAGAAUCUGUCCUCACAGCAUUCAGCUCCAAAGUGCUCCAAGCAGCAUUCAAGACUUCAAAAGGGAAGUUAGAAAGUGUUUUGGAAGAACAAAAGAAGGAAAGGAUUUUCAAAAUACGAAAAGAAGAUGUACAUGGCAUGGCUCCUAAGAAAAGUAUUUGGCCUUUUGGUGGACAAUUUAACGGUCCAUUCAAUAUUUUCAGCAACAAACCAUCUUUCUCUAACCAAUUUGGUAGUCUGUUUGAAAUUGGUCCUUCAGAAUCAAAAAGUGGUCUUGAAGGACUGAAUGUAAUGCUUAGCUUUGCCAACAUCACAAAGGGAUCUAUGUCUACUAUUUACUACAACACAAAUGCAAACAAAAUAGCAUUUGUAGUUGAUGGUGAAGGAUAUUUUGAGAUGGCAUGCCCACAUUAUAUGUCAUCAAAACAUAGAAAGAGUAGCAGUGCAUACCACAAGAUGAAUGCAAGGUUAAGGCCUGGAAUGGUGUUUGUUGUUCCAGCUGGUCAUCCUUUUGUAACCAUUGCAUCCAAGAACAAUAAUCUCAAGAUUGUUUGCUUUGAGGUUAAUGCACAAAGGAACAAGAAGCUUGCUUUUGCAGGGAAGAAGAACAUUGUGCUUGCAUUGGACAAGACAGCGAAGGAGCUAGCAUUCGGCUUAGCUGCUGAGAAGGUGGAUGAGAUGUUUAAGAGAGACGAGGAAUUCUUUUUCUCUUAUAAUGUGGAUGAGAGCAAGGAGGAUCGUGGUCAUGCUGAUGUUUGAAGAGGGUUUUGUGGAGCAG